GUUCCCACAGGCGGGAUUCCAUAGGGCUCCCGCGGAGCACUAUGCGUGUGUUCAUAUAGCCUCGCCCUUCUCGGUACCAGACCUAUGCAAUAGGCAGUUUCUUGGCUGCCUGCUCGCUUCUUGACGCCGAUAUCAUGGAGGUGGUGUCCCCGUCGCCCCUAGGCUUUCGUCUGCCUUUGCCUCCUUCGCCUCCUCAAGAAGUAAUCGACUUCGAGAAACAGAACAUAAUCUUGUCAACGUACAAUGUUGAGGAACCGGAGUCUGAACCAACUCGACUCUACCCACUCCCACCCAAGCCUAGACAGAACAAAGUUCUGCCAGAAGACCUCAAGACGCCCGACAAUUUCGUCGAGAGAGACCCUCGGCUUAUUAGACUAACCGGCAUUCACCCCUUCAAUGUCGAGGCGCCGCUCAGUGACCUGUACGACGAGGGGUUCCUCACCACAAAGGAUCUGCACUAUGUCAGGAAUCACGGCGCCGUGCCGCGGGUUGAGGACAGUGAAAUCCUCGACUGGACCUUUACCGUGGAGGGCAUGGUUGAGAAGCCCGUCACAUUGACGCUGCGAGACCUGAUCCGGGAUUACGAGCAAGUCACAUAUCCAAUCACGCUCGUGUGUGCCGGCAACCGGAGGAAGGAGCAGAACGUGGUUCGGAAAACCAAGGGCUUCUCAUGGGGCGCUGCCGGCUUGUCUACGGCCUUAUGGACCGGCGUUGCUCUACCGGAGCUGCUGAAGCGCGCUGUUCCCAAGCGCGGAGCCAAGUAUGUCUGCUUUGAAGGCGCCGACAAGCUGCCCAACGGCUACUACGGCACCUCGGUCAAGCUCAGCUGGGCCAUGGAUCCGGAAAGGGGAAUGAUGGUGUCCCACAUGAUGAACGGCGAGAUGCUCCAUCCCGAUCAUGGGAAACCCCUGAGGAUAGUUAUCCCCGGGCAGAUUGGCGGUCGCAGCGUCAAAUGGUUGAAGAGGAUCAUUGUUACUUCGGCGCCAAGCGACAACUGGUAUCACAUCUACGACAACCGCGUGCUGCCGACAAUGAUCGACCCCGAGCAGAGCGCGGACCUCCCUGAGACUUGGAAGGACGAGCGGUACGCCAUCUACGAUCUCAACACCAACAGCGCUAUCUGCUACCCUGCCCACGAUGAAAAAGUCCCGCUUACCGAUGGCGCGCACACCUACAAACUCAAAGGCUAUGCCUACGCCGGCGCCGGUAAGCGCGUAACACGGCUCGAGGUCACCCUGGACCAAGGCAAGACUUGGGUGCUCGCGGACCUGACGUACCCCGAGGACCAGUACAGACUGGCCCCGGAAGGAGAAAUGCUGUACGGCGGCAGGCUGGACGUGUCAUCGCGGGAGGCAUGCUUCUGUUGGUGUUUCUGGGAGCUCGAUCUCCCGCUCUCGCAGCUCGCGGGAGCCAAGGACGUCAUGAUCCGAGCUAUGGACGACUCCAUGAUGGUGCAGCCGCGGGAUAUGUAUUGGAGCGUGCUGGGGAUGAUGAACAACCCGUGGUACCGCGUUGUCAUCCACAAGGAAGGCCAGUCACUGCGAUUUGAACACCCCACGCAGCCGGCGCUGAUUCCGGGCGGCUGGAUGGAGCGGGUGAAGAAAGAGGGGGGCAACAUUACCAACGGCUUUUGGGGCGACAAGAUGCCGGGCGAGGAGGCAGUCCCGGCGCAGGAAGCGGCGGCAAAGGAGAUCAAGAUGGUCGAUGACAAGGUAACGCGGAGCAUCACCGCCAGCGAACUCCGUGCCCACGACGGCGAGGACGAGCCAUGGUUCGUCGUAAACGGCCAGGUCUACGAUGGCACCAAGUUCCUCGAAGGCCAUCCGGGCGGCGCAGCCUCCAUCAUCAAUGCGGCCGGGCAGGAUGUGAGCGAGGAGUUCCUCGCCAUUCACAGCGAAAACGCCAAAGCCAUGAUGCCCGCCUACCACAUCGGCACGCUCGACACGACCUCGGCAGCCGACUCUCUCCCAACACCUCCAGAAUCCUGCCCACAGUCGCCAAGCCUGGUGUUCCUGCAGCCCAAGACGUGGACCCGAGCACUACUCGCCUCAAAGGAAGCCAUCUCAUCCGACACCAAAAUCUUCACCUUCACCCUCUCACACCCGACGCAGCAGGUCGGCCUCCCCGUCGGACAGCACCUGAUGAUCCGGCUGCGGGACCCGGUAUCGCGCGAGGCCAUCAUCCGCGCCUACACCCCCCUGUCCGAGGGCAGCGACACGGGCUCGCUGCGCGUGCUGGUCAAGAUCUACCGCGACACGCCCACGCAAAAGGGCGGGCGCAUGACGCAGGCCCUUGAUGCACUGCCCGCCGGCCACGCCGUCGAGUUCAAGGGCCCCGUCGGUAAGUUUGAGUAUCUAGGGAGGGGCCGCUGCGCCGUCAAUGGACGGGAAAGGAAAGUCAGAAGGUUUGUGAUGGUCUGUGGUGGGUCUGGGAUCACGCCUGUUUUUGCGGUUCUUAGGGCGGUGGUUAAGGAUGUGCAGGACCAGACGAGGUGUCUGCUCCUUGACGGGAACAGGGUUGAGGAGGAUAUCCUCCUUAAGAAGGAGCUGGAUGGCAUGGAGAGGGAGGCCGGUGCCGCUAAGUGCAGGGUGUUGCAUACGUUGAGUAGACCUGCGGAUGGGUGGACCGGGUUGACCGGGAGGAUGAACAGGGAGUUGUUUGAGCGCGAGGUUGGACGGCCGGCGGAGGAGAGGGAUACCAUGGUCUUGAUCUGCGGGCCUGAGGGGAUGGAGAAGGCGGCUAGGGAAUCGUUUCUGGGUAUGGGAUGGGCCGAGGAGGAUUUGCUCUUUUUCUGAUGUACGAGCGGGGAGGCAUGGCGAGCGGCGUGCUAGACUCAUUUUCUGCAGGAUGCUUUCUCACGUUUCCUUUUGACGACAUCAUUCGUAGACAACUGGGCACUUACAUGGAAUCUGGGAUGGUUGGGCUGGGAGCAUGUAUUGUGAGCGG